UUCAAGUCGACAUCUGAAUCGACAAAAUACGUGUCAGAGGCGUCGAGAUCGCGGUUACAAGCAUCACAAAAAAUGAUGCUUCCUCUCACAACACAUAUUUGGCCCGGCCUGUGAGUGUCGGCAGGUCACCGACAGACAGUCGCCUCUUUCGGAGGGAUCCUCCUGAGUCUGGCCGGACCCGCGCCACUGCCAGGCGAUGACAGCGGCUACAGCCACCCCGCAGCUGAUGAGAGACCGGCUGCUCCAGGCCAUCGACGGCCAAAGCAACCAGAUAUGCAACAUGGUGGCAGUCCUGGAAGUGAUCUCUUUUUUGGAAAAAUAUCCUAUCACCAAAGAGGCACUGGAGGAAACCCGUCUUGGAAAGUUAAUCAAUGACGUACGGAAGAAGACAAAGAAUGAGGACCUGGCUAAGAGAGCCAAGAAGCUGCUGCGUAAUUGGCAAAAGUUAAUUGAGCCAGGGCAGAAUGAGGUGUUGUCCAAGGGGCACACUGGCACAUCAGGGUCUUCCAAUGGUGGCACUCAUCCCUGCAGGGCUGACCUGUGCACUCCAGCUGCCACCCUACCAUCAGGAAAAACGGUUCCAGAGCUGAAGAAUAGAAAUGACUUCAACAAUUGUCAGUCCCCCAGGGUGGAGAAAUCGGGCAGCCGAAAGCGUAAAGGUGAGCUGAGAGAAGGACAAAUUUUACCAGCAAAGAUUUCUAAAACAACUGCCUAUGAUAAAAUGCAAAACACCACACGGCUGCCAACAAAUGGAAUUUGCAGCAGUUCUGACACUUUAAUUGGCCCGGUGGACUCUCAUGUACAUCAAUCUUCAGACAGGGAGCUUUCUGAGCACCUUGACAAUGACCGGGUCAAUAAAAUCCCUGUUAACGCUGUCAAACCUCACCCAAGUUCACCUGGGUUUAGCAGACCUCCUAGUACUUCCUCUUUGCUAAAAACAUCAGUGCUGCAGCAGCAUGCUCAGCAGCAUGCUAGAUUGGAGCACGCUGCUUCUGGAGGGCAAUGUCAAUCCAAAAGCCCUCGUUACUCUUCCCAUAGCCCACAAACUCCAAAGCAGGAAGCAGUUGUAAAACAAACUGCACCAAAGGUGUCAACCCUUUCAAGCCCCACCGGGAGUCCUGUGUCUCUGGACAGCACUGGGCUGGGACCCUCCCCAAUGCCUUCUCCACAGCCUUUAAAUCUUUACGUUCAGGGUACACACACCGAAGUUUCAUGGUCUGCUGAUCAGGACUCUCAGAGCAGCUGGUUAUCCAAGCCUCCCAGCAAUUCUCUGCACAAUUCAAAUGCCUCGACCCUGGCUGAGGGAGUUGGUUUAGAUGGCGACCACACUGUUGACAACACAGGGAGGAAGAAAAAGAAAUACAGACCUAAGGACUACAUGGUGAAUUUAGAUGGACAGACCACAGAGAACAAUACUAAACCUGUCAGGUUAAAAGAUAGGAGGUUGACCUUUGAUCCCGUAACAGGGCAGAUAAAAACCUCCUUCCAGAAGGAGCCUUGUCAGGAGGAGGAGGUCAGCCCGCAGAGCGGGCUUGAGCUGCAAAGGACAGAACUGCCAAAGCAGAACCUCACGGUUCCUCCCAGCCCCUUCCAGCAGACCAACUGGAAGGAACUUUCUAGGAACGAAAUCAUCCAGUCAUACCUUAGCCAGCAAAGCAAUGUGCUUACGUCGUCAGGGGCCCAUGCCUCAGGGGCACACUUUUUCAUGAACGAGUACUUGAAACAGGAGGAACAUCACGUCAAAGAGACUAGGAAAACACAUGUACUGGCAUCCAAUCUCCCCUCCACAGACCUACCAGGGGUCAGCAGAGAACUUAAAACGGAGGACCUUGACCGGUUACACUCAAAGCACUGGCCCGGUGUUAAUGGUUGUUAUGACACUAAGAACAAAUGGUAUGAUUGGACAGAGUGCAUAUCCUUAGAUGCACAUGGGGAUGAGAACAAGUUGAACAUACUACCAUAUGUCUGCCUUGACUGAAAAGCCGGGUAUUUCUGUUUUGGAAGGCAUAAUCAGUCUCCACCUUGCUUAGACCUCCAUAAGAAAGCAAGGCUAGGAUGUGGUAAGGCAGUUCAUUACAGCCCACUCGGCUCUUUUGCACAGUAGGAGGUUAAUGCGGCCUGAAUCAUUGCGCUGCCUGCCUGAGGGGAAGAAGCAGUCACUAAUCAGUGUUCAAUGGCAUUAGCUCAGCUGUACCAUCACUAUCAAUGGCAUUAGCUCAGCUGUACCAUCACUAUAAUUCUAAAAUAGUUUGUUGAGGGAAGGGAGUGAAUGGAUGAGGCUAUGCAUACUCUGCCAAUUCAAGAAUUGGUGUCCUGUAAUUUUAAUUGAAUGAGUUCAGCAGACAGAACAAUCCUAGCUGUGAUAUGGGCCAUUCUAAUGGAUUUGGGAGUGAAUGUCAUUAAACUGCAUGCCAUUGUAUUGAAGUUUAUUGCAGCCUUGCUUAUUGGCUAAUGCAGUGCCCAGUAGUAUAUGACGCGAGGAAUUUCUAUUCUGUUAGGACCUUUUCCUCAUUUUGGUGUACAUUAGGCUGACCAUGCAUCACUUUAUUCCUACCAGUAAUAUUUUAACUUUUUAAACCACUAUUUCCACAUAAUGCUACUGCUACCCACAACAACCAUUUGGUGGGAGGAAUAUGUUUUUCAGUUUUAAAAGUUUGUGUAUGAUUGAAUUUAGUGAUGCUUGGUUGACGAGAUACAUUCCAAAAUUAGGAGUGGCCACUAACAAUUCAAGAGACUGUUUGAAGUUGUCAUCUAUGAGGUACUUUGCCUGUGAGUGAGGUGACAACAAACUAUCAAAUUCUGCCAAGCAGUUACUGUAUCAUUCUUUCCCAUUCAAAUAAAGAGGGUCAUGUGUUGAGUUAGCUAGGACACUGGAAGCUGAGAAAGGGGUGUGGCCAUCAUGUGAGUUAUUUAUCCCAACUUUGCAUUUCUCUACAUUUUGGUAUUACAUGUUGAGAUUACACUCUUUCAUUUCGGUUUGUUAGAUUCAUGACAUCUGUCAUUUACUUAGAUACGGUUAGAUAAUGCAACAGCAACAUUCCAGGCUGUUCCCAUACUGACACACCAACCUAUUUUACACCGGAAAACGAUCUUAAUAAUGACACAUUUUGAAAAUGUGAACUCAUAACUUAAUUUUGUUUGCCUUCUCCUUCUCUUUGUGUAUUUAGGUUAUAAAAUAUCAAUUGAAAUGGUAAAUUGGUUGAUGCUACAACAUUGCAACCUUAUAUUGUGAGGGAGUAACUGAAAAAUAAAUGAUGCUGGAAAAUGUACUUAAUACCAUUCCUUUAGAUAUUGUUUGCCUUAUGGAAACCUGUGUUUUCCUUAAAAACAGAGCCUUAGUGAAUGUACAGAAAUAAGCCUUUUGUGUUCUGUUGAAUGCAGAAGUGAACAUAUUUGCUACUUAGUCCUUUUGAGCGGACAUGUUGAUAAGUGUUAAUAAAAAAUGCAG